CGUGUUGCUUGACAGUGGUAAACAGACGUCAGAAGGGAGUCUUCGCCUCGAGUCAAAACAAAACAAAACAAGUCAAAAAGAUACAGAAGAAAAGGAUAUUUGAGCGGCUGCAACGACAGAAAGUUUGACAAAAGCUUUCGCUGAUUAAAACUGAGUACUUAAAGGAAGUUAUCGGGGAUAUUUGAUGGACUUUUCCCCGGAUAGUAAACUCUGGAGUAGCAGGAGCUUAACCAGCUAACGUUACGGUGGCUAUCGUGCUGUUUCCAAAGUGCGGCGACUUGGAGCCGACAGACCUCCGAGGUGACCAAACUUCAUCUAACACGCGGGAAUACUCUUCAUAGUUCGGUUCCAGGGACUGUGGGGAGAGGAUCCGCGGGGCUCCGGGCCUCGGUGGAGAGCUUUUAAAGGCGCUUCUUCGAGCAUCGUGUGGAGGAGAAACAUGGCAGAUGGUGACAUGCGCCUGGCCGCAAUGUGGCGGAUCGUGCAGACCUGAAGCACGGACUUCACUUUACGCACAUCCCUUCAUUAUUUCUCUUUUGAUAUUAUCUCAAAUAUCAUUCAACCUGUAGCUAGGUCUGAUCUCUUUUUCCAUGUUUGUCACAAGACAUUAGUUGGGUUGUUUAUUCACAGCUGCUCUAACAUACAGGCCAAAGAGACGGCGGCGAUAUACUGUUUUUUUAUAUAUAUAUUUUAAAACAUUUUUAGAAUAAUCAGAGGUUGUACAUUUUCCACUUGGCAUUGGUAUAACCCGUUGUGCUUGACUCUAUCUGAAGGUCAUUUCAGGAUAUUUUAAAAAGUUUUGCUCGAGGUUUUGCGGCUUGUGGAAAGCCCUGACAUCACGUUGUUUACAAGUGGAGACGGACAGGGGCUGUCCUGAGAAGAUCCUUUGUAACAGUAGCCAGCUAAUCCCUGCUGGUACUCUACAUAGUUGUACAAUAUUUAAAAAAAUCUCAGCCUUGUAUGAGAUCAUUUAUGUAUGAAUUUGUAUAAUUGGUACGAAAAAAAAAGUCAGGAUAUUCUAUUAGUUUUUGAAUAUUUACAUUAAGGGAACCUGUUUUAUAUACUGUUUACAACAUUAACCCACUCAGCAAUAUUUAUCCUUUUUCUGUCAGGAAUGGCAAUAUUUUAUAUCAACACACCUGGAAACUUUUGUAAUUCAUCCCAUGGUGAGCACAAACCUCUGUAGAUCCAGAUGUUUUGGUGCUCAUUGCCACUCUGCCACUUUUGUUUUUACUACAUUCAAACAAAGAGACCCUUCUUCAUUCUACAUAAAUCGCAAGGUUUAUGAUAGUUACUAUUAAGGAGAUUAUAUGGGUUCCCUAAUCUCCAAUCUGAGGAUUAACUGAGGCCAUUGGUGUGUCCAGAUUAUUACGUCUCUUUUCUAGGCCUCUCUGUUUACACCCCGCAGUGGCUCAACAUAUUGUUUUUAUCAGGAAGUGUUUUUAACGCAUCGUCCUCACAAAGUUAACUUUACAUUUUAAAGUUAGAUGUUUUAAGUGGUUCACAUCUUUGCUCGAGUGGAAUUUAGAGGACCGUCAUGGAGGACUCACCAGUGCCCCCGAUUGACCCAGAUUUCGAGCCACAGAGUAGACCCCGCUCUUGCACGUGGCCCCUGCCUAGACCGGACAUCUCGGUUGUCAAACCGGAGGGGGCGGAUGGCGCCGAAUCCGCCGCCGGGACCCCGCCCGCGGAUGAGGACAAGCCCGAGCCCCAGCAAAUCACCUCGGAGCCAGAGAAGGCAGCAGCGGCAGCGGAGGGUGGGGUCGUGGCCGGCGUGGGCGGAGCCGGCGCGACACCCCGUAAAGGAUCAUCCCGGCGCAACGCGUGGGGGAAUCAGAGCUACGCAGAUCUGAUCAGUCAGGCCAUUGAAAACUCACCCGAAAAGAGGCUGACCCUGGCGCAGAUCUAUGAGUGGAUGGUGAAAACUGUGCCUUACUUCAGAGACAAAGGGGACAGCAAUAGCUCAGCUGGCUGGAAGAAUUCCAUUCGCCACAACUUAUCACUCCAUAACAAGUUUUUGAGGGUCCACAAUGAGUCAACAGGAAAGAGCUCCUGGUGGAUGCUCAAUCCAGAGGGAGGGAAGACCGGGAAAGCUCCUCGCCGCAGGGCGGCCUCCAUGGACAACAGCAGCAAACUGCUGAAGAGCCGCAUGAGGGCCAAGCAGACCAAGAAAGCAGCAGCAGGAGGUUUGGGGGGCGCUGGAGGCGCUGAUGGCAGCACAGGCUCAGGUGGUGCAGACAGCCCUAAUUCAUCUCAACAGUUUCCUAAAUGGGCAGUAAACAGCAGCAGUCCUUCGUCCCGCGGCAGCCUGGAUGACUCCGAUAUGUGGACCACCUUUCGCCCCCGUACCAGCUCUAACGCUAGCACCCUUAGUGGACGCCUGUCCCCCAUCGCUCCUGUACAGGAGGACGAUGAUAACCUGCCUGAGGACUCUUUGCUGGGGCGUUACUCAGCCAGCAGCUUGACCCCCACUCUCACAGAGACCCUAAUGGAGGAGCUGGAUCUGAUUGAUGGCCUCACUUUGAUGACUGGGCCGCAGGGAGGAGCGAGUCCCAGUACAGCUCCACCAGCACCUCCCACUCCGCUACCCUCUGCCUCCACCCUACUGCCUCGUGGCUCAAGCUUCUCCUCCUUCCAUCAGCUGCAACCAUCCAGUGUCCAACAGGCCCCCUCACACACUGGGACCCAGACCUCCAUGUCUCAGUGUGGGCCCGCUAGCAAGGAGACGUCAUCCUUUAGCAACUCCCUCUUCAACCCCAUGCCCUCCUCCACCUCACGUGGAAGCAGUCAUUACAGCACCCACGUUCCCUCCAGCCUGGAGGCGCUGCUCACCUCUGACUCCCCUCCACCCAGUGAUGUCAUGAUGUCCCAGGUAGACCCCCUCAUGCCCAGUCCUGGAGGGGUGGGCCUGAUGGGCCUGGGCUCCUCAGUGGUGGGUGUUGGGGCAAAACCCAACCAGCUGCUAAUGGCUAAAAGCCUUAAGCCGAACACGGUUUCCCCUAUGGGUCUGCAGGCCCAAAUGCAGCAACAGCAGCACCAUCUUCACCACCAGCAGCAGCAGCACCACCAGCAGCAACAACAACAGCCACAACAGCAACACCAGCAUCACUCUCAGAUGGGGUUGGGGAUGAUCCUUCCAGGUAUUUCUCAGGAUCCAUCACAGCUCUCUGCCCUUAAAACCCAACAUGCACCAGGGCCAGUCCUGGGCUCACAUCAUGGAGCGCCUGUUGCAUCAGCCAAUCCAGGUCUGAGUCUGCAGGGAAUGAGUCCAUUUGGAGCUCCACCCUGCUUCCAGACCAGUCAGGACCGCCUGCCCACAGACUUGGACAUAGACAUGUUUACUGAGAACCUGGAUUGUGACGUUGACUACAUCAUCAACAGUGACCUCAUGGACGGAGACGGAAUAGACUUCAACUUUGACCCCAUACUGCCUGGAGGCCAAGGCUACCCGGCCACCACACAAGGCUCCGCCCACAGCUGGGUGCCCAGCUAAUCUCUCAGCUGACCACACAGUUAGCCAGGAACUAAUCUUCAAUCAAGAUAACCUCACAGAUGCAUUCCUCCUCCCUGCUGGCUGAAGAUAACUAUUUUCAAAUACAAUGCUUCUCUCGGACUGUAAAGACAAAACCAGACCUCACCUGUGUCAUGUGCCAAGACAUGCAGGGACAGGGAGGAGUUUCAGGCUACUAUGCACACUUUUUUCUAAUUUUUUUUGUAAAAUAUAACACAACCGUUUGGCUGCUCGCCAUUUUUUCUAAAUCUGAACUGAUUAUGUUUCAAGAUGUGUGACGUAAUAUUUUCAGAGUGAAAAGACAAAUCAUUAAGUCCCCACUGCCGGGAGUUGUUUCAGUUUUGUUGCACCUGAAUAGCUUUAGGGUGGAUAUACGGUACUUGAUGGGCUUUGGUAAUGAAAACUCAAACAACUAUGCGUGUUUGAAGAAGCGGCCAGUUUUCCACCGAAACUCGCCAAGACCAAAUGCCGUGAUCGUCUGUGCAAGGCUCACAGAGAAAUAAGUUUGACCUUUAGGAGUCGAUGAGAUUUCUGAGGAGAAGAUUUCUGUUUACCGUGCUAUGAGCAGGUGGAAGAUAAAGACUAGAUGACUGGAGGCAUAAAAAAAGUUGGCUAAACAUCUCCCCAAAUUGUGGACUAAGAUUUUCUGUACGAUUUUAAGUUGCUCACUCUAAAGAAAGUGAUUUUUUUCUCCAAUAAGGUUUGGUGAUUGAACAGUUUAAGAGAGGAUGUUUUUGCAGUUUGGCAUUUUUGGUGUUUUGAGGUAGAUGUCAGUUAGAGGGUGUGUUUUCCUUUUUCUUUUUAAAUCCCUGAUGUGCAGUUAAUCUAACAAAAUGAAGAAAUGUGAUCAGUGAAUUUUUACAUGGGGCAUUCAAGGGUUUAUGUAUUUGCCAACAAGUGAUUGGUUGGCCAAGUAUUAUCAGACAGCAGUAUGCCUCCACUGUCAAACACUCUUAUCGAAUUGUGUUUUCUUUUCUCAAGCCUGUGCGUUUUCAAAGCACUUAGGUUUCCUGCAACACAGGAACCCCAGACUACAGCGGAGAAUAAUCCAGGUUAGGUUAAACCAUUUCAUUGAAAGAGAAUCCUGUAAAAACAUGUAAUACACAUGUUGCACAUGUACAUGAUGACACGCUAUGCAGACCUAUCAGGAGACCUAAAUGAAAUCUUGAAGGAAAUUUUUAGAAAAUCAUUUCUUGAAGGGUUUUGAUAUUUAAUAUUUUCCUGAUAUUUUUAUGUGUGGGAGUUUUUGAGGACCUCUUCUCCUCUCACACUUUAAAUAUUCAGUACUUCAGUUAUUCAGCUCAAGAACUUCACUGUGUAACAAGUGCAAAAAGAAUAUAGUUGAUCAUAGUUUUAAUAUACAAUUUAGAUGGAGGUAAGAAAUGAGAUAUUAAUACAUAUGAAUAUAUUACUAAUGACAAGUGAUGCUUUUUUACAUUGGAAGAAGAAUUUUCAGAUAAUUUCUAACGGUAAUUUUCUAUACUUUUAUUUUUGUAAAGUAUGAGAUGCAUGUAGAUUUUUUUACAUAACCAAAGGAACACUAAUUUAGCAUUUGCAUGGCAUAUAGGGAGCGCUUGGGCCUGACUCGGCAUCUCGGUGUACAUAAGCUUUGCAAAAAGACGCGUGUAACUAAAAAAAAAUCUGACUUUUGUAAGACGAGCGCAGCAAAGUGCAUCAAUACUUGACCAUUUAAACUAAAAUUCCCAAACCAUCUGCCUCAUUGUUUUCUGCAAUAAACAUACAACCAAGUAAAAAAAAAAAAGUGAGCUGAACUGUGGCAGGACUCAAAGACAAAAAAACAUUUAUCAUAUUCUCAUCUCAAUAUGAGACUAAUACAACUGUUACCUCUUAGGGUCACUAAGAAAGAAACUCAACAGGAAACUAAUUCUGCAUGGACAUGAUCAGAUGCUUGUGUCAUAAGAAAAGAAAUAACAUAUUUAUUGUUUGCAUUGUCCCUGUUACUGCAGACUGGAAAUCAAAUUUGAAACGCUUUUUGUUUUGUUUCCUGGAAACGUUUCAGUUGAGUUGAUCUCAAAUUUGACUCCCUUUUUAGUGAAAUGUUUUCUAGCUCUACAGCAGCCAGGUAUUACAACUAACUUGUCCUCUUUUUUUUUUGACUGCCAAUAUUUAAAACACUAUAGCAUGACGUUUUUCUGUAGCAAGGUAAACUUUAUCUUGUCAUCUUACCCCCUUCAAAUAUUGUUUCAUGUUUGUAUUUCAUGACUGUUCAUAACAUUUAGUGAAGACGAAUAACACCCCUGCAGUUUGAACUCUUUAUAUUCAUCAUUUCACUGUAGCUAUGUGAAUAUUUUAGCCUGACUUGUAAAAAGCACUCUCUUUUUUUUCACAAAUGUGUUGUUUUUUUCUGUUUUUGAAUGGUGCUAGAUGUCAUCUGUGAUGUAUCCAGGAGUACGCCAUCAUGCAAAAGGGUGCAUAUCAGGUUCUUUUGAAUUUUCUGUAUACAGCUCAAGGAUCUUGAUUUGGUGUUGAAUGGUGGCAUACAAUCAGCAGUCUUUCCCCCUCUUUGUUUUUUUGUUGAUAUACAUAUAUAUAAACACAAUCUUUUUCCCCCAAUCCCCAAACUGGUGACUUAGAUCUGGAAACAGACGACCAGCUUGUUAAAGUGCAUGAUUAUUUCUUAUUACUCUAAAUCAUAACAUGUAACUAUUUUAGAAAGUUGUAUAUGCAACAACUCCCCUGGUGUUAUUACUCCCUUUAUAUCCCCCCUCUAUGUUAUUAUAAUUUUCUACAUAUGUUUUUCUUUCACUAGAAGUUAGUCACUGUAUGUUUGUUUUGACAUUUAAAAUUGCCCAAUUUAAGCAUUUUAGUAUUUGGCAAAGGGUGGGAUUUUAUACCUUAAUUUUCUCAUAGGGGAGGGUGGGGUGGACGGGGAAUGAUAAGUUGUGCAUAAGCCAUUAAUGUUUAUGAAUUUUGAUUAAUGAUGAUAGUUUUCUUUAUUUCUCUCUCUCCCCCCUUCACUCUUUUUCUUUCUUUUCUUAUUGUUAAGUCAGCCAGAGAUGACAAACAGUUCUGAACAGCAGAAAUAAAUUCAAUAAACUGUUUAACCCAC